AAUAUGGUACGCAGGUUCUUGGUGACGGUCAGGAUUCGGUCAACUUGCGGCCCACCGCGAGUGAGGGCUUUCGUGGUGCAUAUCCCGCGGCUCGCGAGGGAGUGGGAAGUGUCGCGUGAGCAGGCCGUGGCGGCCCUCGUGCUGAUGYUAGUGAGGAGUCUACGCAGAGGGCAACAAUCGCAUCCUAGAAGACCAGGUAAUGAUGAUGGGCAACACCCGCGUAGCCAGACUACUGCUGCUCCACGGCGCAGAGCCCAACUGCGCAGACCCAGCCACCCUCACCCGACCAGUGCACGACGCGGCCCGGGAGGGUUUCCUGGACACGCUGGUGGCGCUGCACCUGGCAGGGGCGCGGCUGGAUGUGCGCGACGUCUGGGGUCGUCUUCCGGUUGACCUCGCAGAGGAGCGGGGCCACCGCGACGUCGCGCAGUAUCUGCGCGCGGCGGCAGGGGACACCG